AUGCCAGACGCCACCCUGCCCACCUGCUUCCUCUGCCUUCUGGCCCUCGCUUCAGCCUGCUACUUCCAGAACUGCCCCCGCGGGGGCAAGCGGACUCUGCCCGACUCUGAGCCCAGACAGUGCCUGCCCUGCGGCCCUGGGGGCAAAGGGCGCUGCUUCGGGCCCAACAUCUGCUGCGGCGAGGAGCUGGGCUGCUACGUGGGCACGGCCGAGGCCCUGCGCUGCCAGGAGGAGAAUUACCUGCCGUCCCCAUGCCAGGCCGGACACAGGCCUUGCGGCCGUGACGGGGGCACCUGCGCCGCCCCAGGCAUCUGCUGCAGUGACGAGAGCUGUGCUAUGGACCAGUCUUGCUGGGAAGAGGCCGGGGCCCGGCGGAGGACCAGGGGCAGCGAGAGGGUCAACGGGACGCAGCUGGAUGGGCCGGCCAGUGCCUUCUUGCUGCGGUUGGUGCAGAUGGCUGGACAGCAGGCUGGGGGCGGGCCGGCCGAGGAACCCGGUUACUAAGUGGGGAUGGCGGACCUGCGGGACGCCCCCUUCACGCUCCCCCCACCCUCCAAGUCCCUACAAAUGUUUGGUGGCCAAUAA